GACCAUGUUCCAGUUUUUAUCACUUCCUGUCCUUCUGUGUGUGGUGACAGUGUCCUGCUCAGAAAUAAAAUCCUGUGAGGAUGCCCAGACCUGUUCAAUGAUUACCUGUGGCAUCCCGGUCACCAAUGGCACUCCAGGCAGAGAUGGGCGAGAUGGACCCAAAGGAGAGAAAGGAGAACCAGGGCAAGGGCCCAGAGGCUUGCAGGGCCCUCCGGGGAAAAUGGAGCCUCCAGGAAUUCCAGGAGCUCCUGGCUUAGCAGGACUCAAGGGCCAAAAAGGAGAUCGUGGAGGCAGUUCAGCCACCCCCUGAGCAGGCCAUUGUAGAAGAUGGACCCCUGUGCUUCAUCAGCUGGAACAGUGCAAUGUGAGGCUCCAGGAUGUGAGGG